AAAAGCAAACUAGCACCUUCUCUUCCACAGUACUAAAAACACACCACUUUCAGUCUUUCAGACGUUCCACUUUUGCUUUCUUUUUUUCCCCCCCUCUAUGUGGCUAAGAGAGUAAGAGGUUCACACUUUCACCUCUCAUUUCUUUUUUCUCUCUCCUCUCUCUCUCUCUAAUCUCUAUCUUCCCACAUUAUCAAUUCCCAUGUUGCUGUAUAAUUUACCUGCAAUUGGGUAUUUCCCUUUCUUACUUUUAAUUUCUUCCUUCUUCACUCUUUCUUUAGCUUGUUCUGGGGGUAAUUGUCAGCUUUUGGAAUCAUGUUCAGCUGCUAAUGAUUGUGCACCUGGUUUGUACUGUGGUAAUUGUCCUGCUGCUAAUAAACGGCAACCUGUUUGUACUAGAGCUCAAGUUAACAUACCCACUUCUAUUGUUAGUGGGUUGCCUUUUAAUAAGUACACAUGGCUAGUGACUCAUAAUGCUUUCUCAAAUGUAAAUUCACCACCAUUGACGGGUGUUCAACGAAUUACAUUCUACAAUCAAGAAGAUACAGUGACCAAUCAGCUAAGGAAUGGAGUGAGAGGAUUUAUGCUGGACAUGUAUGAUUUCGAGGAUGAUAUCUGGCUCUGUCAUUCAUUCCAAGGGCGCUGUUAUAACAUCACUGCGUUUGGACCGGCAAUCAACAGUCUAAGAGAAAUUGAAGCUUAUAUGACAGAGAACCCCUCAGAGAUAGUGACCAUUAUUAUAGAGGAUUAUGUUCAUUCUCCUAAAGGGUUAUCUCGGUUGUUUGCAAAUGCCGGGCUGGAAAAGUAUUGGUAUCCCAUAUCCAAGAUGCCAAAGAAAGGUGAAGAUUGGCCCACUGUGAACGAUAUGAUUCAACAGAAUCAUCGUCUUCUGGUUUUCACUUCUGAUGCUUCAAAAGAGGAAGCAGAAGGGAUUGCUUAUCAGUGGAGAUACAUGGUUGAAAAUCAACCUGGAGAUCCUGGAGUGAAACAAGGUUCAUGUCCAAACAGAAAGGAAUCCAAAAAACUUAACUCAAAAGGCGCAUCACUUUUCUUAAUGAAUUACUUUCCAACAUUUCCUAUCGAGGAUGAAGCUUGCAAAGAAAAUUCUGCCCCUUUGUCUGAUAUGGUUGGUACCUGCUACAAGUCAGCUGGAAAUAGGAUGCCUAACUUUGUUGCAGUGAACUUUUAUAUGAGGAGUGAUGGACCAGGCGUCUUCGAUGUAAUGGACAAAAUGAAUGGACAGACUUUGUGUGGCUGUAGCACAGUAACAGCCUGCCAGCCAGGUUCGCCUCCUGGGGUUUGUAAAAAUGUGCCUGCACCUGUUGUAGCUGCUCCUAACACCCCAAGUUUCAGUGGAAGUUUUUCGGGAUCUGUACAGUUAUCUGGAUUUGCUCCACCUGCCUCUUACCCUAAUAUGUUACUAACUUGUUCAUUCCACUUACUAAUGUUGCUUUUUCUGUGGUUAUAGUGCAUGUGACAUGAGAGCCAUAGUGCACAGAUGAAGUUGUAUCAUGUAUGCUUCAUUAGAACAGGAUUUUGAAGUAUUAGGAGUAAAAUUCUAGAUCAAGAAAAAAUAUAAUAGUUGCUUUUAUAAGUGGAAGUUCAAGGACAACUUAUAUUUUAGUGAAAUGUUAGAGAAAGAUAACACUCAAGAUUACGCUCUUGAGACAUAUUUCCGACAGAAGACAAGGCGGAGCAUCAAUGACAAUUGAUUGAGAAAACAGUUUCUGUGGAGUGGCUCAAGAGAUGGAGAAGGCACCUAAAUAUCUGUAGGGUAAAUGCCUAACUGGAAGCCAAAGCACAUUAGUAUGAUUAUCUGAUGUUAGUCCCUUAAGUGUGUAAUGUAGUUAUUAUUUCAAUGUGCUUAGCUUGUUGAUUCCUAUUACUCAAAUCAACAAGCUACAUAUAAGUCCUUCCAUAUUGACUACAAAGUUCUACACAAAAAACUUCAGGGAAAAAAUAAAACUAAGGGUCAUAUCUAUUCUUAAAUAUUAA